GAGAAAGAUAGCUUCACAGUUGUAGUUGUAGCACUGUUUAUAAUGGAUGACAAAGUAAAAGAUAGCGAUAAUGGUGUUGUGCAUGAGAGAAACAAGGAUGAGACACAAGCAGCAACUGAAAGUGAUAGUCGUCCAUCAGGUCCAUACCCGAUCAAUGUUGUAAAACCUAGCAUGUCUCCAAAACUAUCAAGCAAGAUAAACUCAGCUAAAGGUAGAUUAUCCGCUUUGAGAUCCAGUCUGCGUAGAGACGUUGAAGGUAUUAAAUCAAGCAUCCGACGAAGUGAUAAAAAAUUAAAAAUCAAAUCGAAAUCAAGUGAAAACAUUCGACCGGAAGACGUACCAUUACCAAGUGACAACGCACCAUCGAUAAUGCCACGUAAAAAUAAAUCGAAAGCGAAAAAGUCUUCAACGGCAGUACCGAAAACUGAAGAACAACAAAAUAACGAUAGUAAGUCAAAAAAUAAAGUAGCUUCAUUAGUGCGUCGACUCAGUAUCGGCAAACAUAAAUCUGAUACAUCUGUUGUCUCAGCGAUAUCAAUAGCGGACUCGGAGUUAUCAUCCGAUAAACAAUCGUCAACCAGUAGUGCAACGCCGACGUCAGUGAAACGACACGCAGCUACAACUACAGCUGAAGGAAGCAUUUCAGAAAAUAGUUUAACUACAACCAUGGACAUUGAGAAACCGUCUAGUGAUGUUGACUUACCACCUUCACAUGCACCUCCACCGGUACCACCUUCGUCGACCACGGCCAUCGAAGACUAUCUAAACACGUUGACGGAAGCGCAAAAUAUAUCACCGAUACAGAUAGCGAUUGUAUCGCCAUCGACAACGAUCAAAGAACCUCUGUCACCGUCCAAGGAUGAGCUUAUCGAACAAGAGAAAACGGAAUCGUGUGACGAAGAUGCCGGUGAUGAGACAGAGGAUCGUUUAGGAGGUUCAUCAACGUCUGAGGGAAUGGGAACACCCGCGUACGGUGAUGUCAUUUCGAAUAAUUCAAAUGAAAAUCGAUCGUCAAGUAUGAUUGAAGCUGGUACAGAACGACGUGAACAUUUGUACAAAAUAUUGGUGAUUGGUGAAUUAGGUACCGGCAAAACAUCGAUAAUCAAACGAUAUGUACAUCAAUUCUUCUCACAACAUUAUCGUGCCACCAUUGGAGUUGAUUUUGCAUUGAAAGUAUUAAAUUGGGAUGCAAAUACCAUUAUACGCUUACAAUUAUGGGAUAUCGCAGGUCAAGAACGUUUUGGAAACAUGACUCGAGUUUACUACAAAGAAGCCGUAGGGGCGUUUAUAGUAUUCGACGUAACACGUGUGGCUACUUUUGAUGCUGUUGUAAAAUGGAAACAGGAUUUAGAUUCCAAAGUUCAAUUAGCUGAUGGCUCACCAAUUCCAUGCAUCUUAUUAGCGAAUAAAUGUGAUCAACAGAAAGAAGGUUUAGUAAAUACGCCAGCUAAAAUGGAUGAAUAUUGUAAGGAAAAAGGAUUUGCUGGAUGGUAUGAAACCUCAGCUAAAGAAAAUAUUAAUAUUGAAGAGGCUGCUAGGUCAUUAGUCAAUAAGAUACUUCUAAAUGAUAAAUUAUUACAUGGAAAUGAUUCGAAAAAAGAUAACGAAAUAUUUGCAUUGGAUGGUAAAAAUGGUACAAACAGUGGUUCAGAAAAAUCAGUAUCAAGUGGCGGAAAAUCAUGUGCAUGCUGACAUUCCAAAAAAAACAACUCGAUAUUUAUUUUGUUUUGAUUUUCACGCCUUCAUUAUUUUCUUUGAAAUUUUCAAAAAUUCACGUAUCGUCUUCAAAAGAACAUCACACGUUUAACAUACGCUCCAAGUUUUUGGGGAUUCAUCGAUGGAUUCAAACUCGACACAUUUUUUUAAAAUGAACAAGAAAAUGCCUUUAACAAAAAUGCCUUUUUUCAAAAUGAAACAAAUUACUAGGAAUUAAUAAACUUUACUCCAAAUCCCUUUCAGUUCUGUAAAUUUUUAGUUGUAAAUAAUUUCAAAAUGGCAGCUGGUACAGUUAUUAAGAUUAGGUUUCCCCCCCAAGUGGAUUGUUAAGUUUUUUUUUUUUUUAAAUUACAUUUUACAAAUUUUUUACGGCCAAGUUUUCACAUAAGUUUCUCAAAAGUGAUUAUCGAUGGGCCCAGAAAACUCUACACCAAAUUAAUGUUUGUAAAAUGUAAUUUUCCCCUGGAUCAUACUGUAGUAUUUCAUGUUAAUCAAUUCAUUAGUUUAAUUAGAGACUUUAAUGUGCCAUCAACAAAAUAUUUAUAAACAAAAAUUAAACUAUUUUUGUAAUAAAGAUCAAAAUGUAUCCUUCGUUAUCAAAUUAUUGUUUUUUUUUUAUUUUUAGGGCAGGCGCAGGCGCACACCAAACACUUUAUAUUUCUUAUACGCCUCCAAAAAUUAUUUCUAUGCAUCAUUUUUAUACUUUUACGACUCUAAAUCCUUCGUCCAUCACGUGAAAUUAUUGUAAGACAGCUUAUUACAUCUGAAAAAUUUUGGAAAUUGUCCAAACAUUAAUUACCUCAGUAACGUAACCUCAAAGUAGAUUUAUAAUCAUCAAAUAGAUCAAAUAGAGAUCCGAAAUUUCGUUUAUGAGUUAUUUUGAUACUUUUAGUCAGUUUGCAUUGAAAAGCUUCACCCUCCAAAAAGGCUGGUUCCUUUUUUUGUCUCUGAUGUCUCCAAAAUUGAUGAAUAAAUCGAAUAAACACGAAUUCUAUGAAAUCCAUUGAGAUUUGUAAUCACCUUCCUUCAAAUGAUCAAAUAUAUGAGUUUAAAAUUCCAUGGAAAUAGUUUUUGCGUUAAAAUUUUAGUGUCUUGGUUUUGCCAUCGCCCUUUGCCCUAAUUAAUAUUAUUUUAGUUUUUUUUUUAAUAUAAAUUUGGUUUUGUUAUAAAUAUAAAAUAUUAUAAAUUUUGAUGGACCAGUCAUUACAGAUAACGAUUUUAACUCUGCAGGAGUGGCGAGCAGUUUUCGCAAAUUCCUUGCCGUACUGAAAAAUUAAAAUAAAUGUUUUCAAUGAAAAUCUAAAAGUUAACAAAACAUAAAACUUACGUCAUAAGC